UCUAUAUUCCCUAAAGCAUAAAUUCGAAAUAUCCCUAAUUAUUAGAAUAUUUCUCCAUGUAACGUAGGAACUUGGAAUGUUUUGGAACUGUCAAAACAGUCAAAACAUAAAAAUCACAAUAUAUUCAAUGAACCAACACAACUAUAAAAGCAACUUUAUUCAAGCACGGCGUUCAACAUGUCCUCUGGCUCAUCCAAUAUUGAUCCCAGCGAAUUCAACGAGCCCAAUGUCGAUGUUCUGGAGUCGCCCACUCGUGUAUCGCAUAUAGCACAAGAUCCUGAAACUGAAUUGCAGAGAGCAUCGUCGCGAUCCUCCCAUCAGAGGGGCUCCAAUGGGCACGGGCAUGGGCGUAGGUUACGUCAGCGAGUGGUGGCGCCACCUAUUGGCAAUCAGUGUCGCAUCUGGAUAUACCAGCCCAUGUAUGAGCCACAGCCGAAUAGACACGCCCUGAAUCGCAUUAUAUUCUCAAUAGCACGAGCUCUGCGCACACGACGCUCGGUGCCGGCGCAGCCGGGCCAGCGUCCAGGCGUUAUAUACAGACGGAAUGCGGACUUGAUAACAAUAGAUGUUGAGAGGGAUUAACUUACCCGUGUGCUUGUCUAGCAUGGAGAGUGAGUUUUAUUCAAGAUCCAGACGCAUAUAUGCUAAUAACAGGAACACUUGAAUUUAGGCUUGAAUUGAAGGCAGUUAUAAAAAAAAGAAAAAAUUAUUGGACAGUAUAUAAAGUAAUCAAAUUUCGGGGGGUUUCAUAUGUCAAGGUCGAUAUCAUUGUGCGUUUGCCCAAUAUCGCUUUGUUAUCGCUUUCAUAUCUUCCGACGAACAGAAUGUGGCUGAAAUUUGUGUUCGCUCGGGGAGAUAGAAAAUGCGCGGCAUCUGGGACAUAGGAGCACAUUUGCCUGGGACAUGGAAAGGCCUGUCGAAGAUAUAUAUAUAUAUAUAUUUUAAUAAUUAAUGCAUAAACAUUUCUGUGUUUCAAGAUUAUGUUGUUGAGUGCUUGGCGUGCGUAUCGUCAAGGAAGUUAAAACGGCGAUACCAGCAUCUUUUCAUUUCUGUCUAUUGCCAAAUAAUUGAUUAAACACUCUGCAAACACUUGAAAA